AUGGACUACAUCCUUCGAGAACUCAACAAAAUCAUGCCUGCGGAGCUUCAAAACACCAUCUUGGAGGUGGCCAUCAGCGGAGAAGAGCUGAGGCCCAAGAUCCUCCAAUUCGAGGCGUCCAAGAAUGGUGAGGUCGAGGUGGUAAACCAGCACCAGAUGCUGGUCAAGAUGGCCCUGGACUCUACGUUCUCAACCCUCUCUAACGGCCAAGUCAUGAGCACUGACGACGUCCUCUACUUCAACGCGGUGCUUCUCAAGGAUCUCGACUUCCACCAGCUCGGAGGCCUCAAGCCUUUUUUCACUGCGGAGGUCGUUGCUAUUGACUGGCGAGCUCUGCAAACUUAUGCCGGAAUCAAGGAAACUCUCACGCUGCUAUUCUCUCACCUGCGCAACAUCGAACUGAUCAUCGUUGCGGUCCCUCAAUCCUCCAAGAAGGCCUCGCAGAGAAACAAGGAGGUGGCGCAAAAGUGCCACCAGGAACACGAACUCUCUCUGGUCCGCCUGUCCAACAAGACCGUGCUGCGCUUCGAGGGUACCCUGGUUAACUGGUCCGUUCUCGGAAAGGCGAUCCACGACACCAUGCGCGGCUGCACAGAAGAGGGCGACGCUAAAGAGGACUACGAGGAGGAGAACUUCUGGGACACUGCUGAGAAGACCUACGGCAAUAACCAGAUUCUCGCCCUGCCUCCGCGUCCCAUGAUGCCGGAGAUCAUCCUCUGUGGGGUCGCUCGUGGCUGCUGCCACGAGAAGCGGCUCUGCGCUCCGCGGGUCUCUGCCGACGUCCAGGACGGUCUCUUCCCCGGCGACGAGGCGAUCGAGAAGCUGAUCAACCCUACCGAGUAG